AUGCAGGCGGGCGGGUUUGAGUUUCCGAAGCAGAAAAAGCAGAGGAGGGAGAAGCGGAAGAGCAGGCUUUUUCCAACUAUUGAAGUCGAUCCUUCGUCGAUCAAGACCAAGAUCAGCGUCGCAGACAUUCGUGAUUUGACGCUGUACAUUCUAGGAGACGGAGUUGCCCCAAGGUGGCUCAGUAUCAACAAUCGACUUGCGAUCGCUCAUGUCGCCGUCGUACUUGUCCCAGGCUUAACACCCGACCUAUUCGGUGUCCCACUCGAAGCGCUAACCCCUGUUCCAAUCACACCCGCCGAGCCCAAGUUCCCUGCCGAGUUUUCCUUCUUCCGCACGCACAAGUUCCCAUAUCUAUGGCCUACGAAAGCACCCGGAGACAGCACGAAGCUACACAGUCCCAGCGUCACCUUUCUGAACUCCCCGCUUACCAAGACGGAGAAGAAGUUGAUUGGGAAGAAGGAGCACGGUAGUCACGAUAAGGAAGAAAUGCCUCUGGAGAAUCUCUUGAUGACGCCGGAGUUGUUCGCGACGUGCGACUAUCCGCUACAUUCUGAUACCCUCGCUGCCUUGCAUGAUAACAAGCCGUUGGAAGAAGGAUGGGUCGAGACUGCCGAAGCAGAAAACGAGUCGGAGAAAGAAGUCUUUUCUGCAGAACUUGUUCAAGAGAAAUACACGGUCCUGGGACUCGACUGCGAGAUGGUACUGACUGCUAGUGGAUCAACAUUGGCGCGCGUGACGGUGGUAGACUGGGAUUGUAAGAUUCUACUCGACGAACUCGUGCUUCCGGAUGAGACUGUCACCGACUACCUGACGCGAUACUCUGGCAUCACUGCAAAGAUGCUUCAAGGAGUAACAACGACCUUGACAGACAUACAAGCCAAGCUGACAAAAAUGAUCAGCAAAGACGUCAUCUUGACCGGCCACUCACUCGAGAACGAUCUUCGCGCGCUAAAGAUGCGUCAUCCAAAAGUCAUCGAUACCGCGGUGAUUUACUCGCACGCCAGAGGACUACCAUACAAGCCAGGCCUGAAAUACCUAGCCACCAAAUUCCUCAACAAGGAUAUCCAGAAACAAACCGGCGGCGCAGGCCACGACUCGGCCGAAGACGCGCGCACCUGCAUCGAGCUUGUGAAGAAAAAACUCGCAAACGGCGAGCAAUUCGGCCGCACCGCGCAGACGACCGAGCCGCUUCUGCAGCGCCUUGCGCGCGCGAGCGAGACCGCGCACGCGGCGGCGGUGGGCGCGGAGCGCGGGAGCAGGACCGGCAGCGGCGCGAUCGUCGACUAUGGUAAUCCGACGCAGUGGUACGGGACCGACGCGCGCACGAUUGUGAGCUGUAGGAAUGAUGAUGAGGUCGUCGAGGGUGUGAAGGAGAAUAUCAGACGGCAUGAUUUUGUGUGGUCGCGCAUGCGCGAGCUGGAGUUUUCUAGAGGAUGGGUGAGGAAUAAUUCCAAGCCUGACGAGGACACGGCGGCAAAAGAACCUACAGAAGCCGAAAAAGCCGCCGAGCUAUCGCGAUGCCUGACGAACCUCAACGCGCGGCUAGAAUCGAUUUGGACCUCGCUCCCGCCCGCGUCGUUGAUGAUUGUCCUUUCCGGCUCUGGCGAUCCGCGCGAGAUGUCGCGGCUGAACGCGCAGAGAAUCAGCAGUAUGCAGCAGUUCAAGACAAAGAAAUGGGACGAGAUCGAUCAGCCGUGGACGGAUGUCGAGCAGCAGCUGUUGUACGAGGCGGCGAAGGUUGCGAGGUCGGGGGUUAGUUUCCUGACGAUCAAGCCUGCAGCGGCUGCUGGGGAGAGUUGA